AUGAAGAAGAAAAAAGAAGUCAAGUUAGUUAAGUCUUUGCCCAGUAUUGUUACAUUCAUGAAAAGAAAAGAAAAAGGUCUAGGUGGAUCUUUGGUUAAUGAACAAUCAGAAGAGCACAUGGAAGAUAUUGUGGAAGAACACACUAAUGGAAAUGAAAUUGUAGAUGAUUUGGGUCAUAAUGCAACUGAGAAUGAUGCAGAGCAUAAUAAUAAUGUAAAUCAUGCAGAUGAGACUUCGGUGAAUAUUUUUGAUUCUAGAGUUUGGUAUGCCCUGGAUAAAAAUCUAGUAGAUUUAUUGGUAGAAAAGGGUCCUCUUAGAGAUCUUUCCAUAGAGAGUGCCCCGCCAGACAAGUUCACUAGACGUUUUAGUUCAAGAUUCUACACUCGAUAUUUAGGGAAUGAAGAGAAGUAUGAUAGAGAGUGGCUUGUGUACUCAAAAGAACUUGAUAAAGUUUUCUGUAUUUGUUAA